ACCCCAAAACCUCCUGGUUGUCAGUCCUACCUGUUGACUCACCUCUGUUUCUAUUACUGGGAGAAUUCCUACAUAGGGUCUACACUAGGUGGGAUAAGAGACUGCUGUCUUAGAUCAAGGUGUUCAACCAAUUGAGGACCAAGUUCAACCAGCAAAGGACAGAAUAUCUAUUGAUUUAUAAGUCGUACACCUCUUUUGCUUGAGCAUGUGUAUCUAUGUCUCUAAAUAACAUUCCUCCAUAAUUGAAUCAAUCACAGAUUUACAUUCAAAACUGCCAAUUAAAAGCAUGUAUCCCAGGCUGGUUCAUCCUUCCAACAUCGAGCCCACAGUGCUGCUGCUCCUAUGGGGGCCUCUAGGCGCUCAGGCCCAGAAUGACACAGAGCCUAUCGUCCUAAAAGGGAAGUGUUUGGUAAUCUGUGACUCCACUCCCAACUCUGAGCCAGCGGGAAAUGACCUGGGCAUGUCAGUACGCUCAGGCACGGGCUGGGUGGCCUUCUCUGCCACCCGCCAGACCAACCAUGAGCCCACAGCCAUGAGCAACCGCAUCAUGAUCAUCUACUUCGACCAGGUGAACAAAUGCAAAGAAACAUUGACCAUAGAAAGUAUCACAUCAGCAGGUGAAGUUGACUCAUUCUGUUUCUGAUUAAUGAAUUCCCUUUGGUUGUUGAUUGAUUUCUCUUUGAUUGAUCAUUGAUGAAUGAUUGAUUUCUAUACCUUGUAAAAAAACAUGAGAUGGCGCACAUCCAGAUACAAUUAUUGUAUGUAGAGGUGCUGACUAACGGCGAAUAAACUAUAAGCUAUAAAAUAAAGAG